AUGUCAGCACCCCCAGGCGUCAAUGCCCAACUGCGCCAGCUCGUACACUACCACCUGGACAACGGCUUCACUGAAAACGCUCUGUUCCUUGCCGGCCGCCUGCACGCCCUCGAUCCCCGCAGCCCGGACGCCGCCCACCUACUUGCCCUUUGUAACCUCCGUCUGGGACGAUACAAGCAGGCGUUAGACGAUGCGCGGUCAAAGAACGCCCAUACACAACAUCUGGGAUGCGCCUACAUCUUCGCCCAAGCCUGUCUUGCCCUCGGUCGCUAUGAGCAGGGAGCCCAAGCCUUGGAGAAGGUGCGCGGCCUGUGGGCAGGACGCAACCACUGGAACAAGCAUUCCGAGACAUCGAGACGACAUGUGCCCGACGCCGCCGCCUGCUACUGCAUGCUCGGGAAGCUGUACGCAGCACACGGCGACUCCAAAAAGGCCAUUGAUUAUUUUGUCGACGCGCUCAAGAUCAACUCUUUCAUGUGGGACGCCUUUACCGGCCUCUGCGACAUUGGCGCCGUCGUCCGCCCCCACAACGUUUUCAAGAUCACGCCCGAUAUGCUUCCCCCCGUUUCUGCCUCAAACAGCUUCCAGUCCAGGUUGAACGGCCGCAGCGCACAGCCCAACUCCUACCAAGAUUCCGAAAACCCCUUUGGCAACGGCCAGAACAUCCGCGAUGAUCAUGCUAUGAUGGGAGAGGCGGGCGGUCCAGUUCAGUCGCGCCCCAUCACGUCGAGAGCCCGCACCAAGACAAACCCCGAGGUCGACCAAACGGAUAUCCCGCGGCCUGUGUACCAGAACGGCCAUAAGAGAACCGUGUCUGGUCAUUCUCUGCAGCAACCGCAGCCGCAAUCACAAUCCCACCCACAACCACCAUCUCAAUCCCACUCGCAAUCUCAACCUCAGUCACAACCGUUCGAUCCGACGGCAGCGCCCCCACGACGCAGUGUACGGCUGUUGAACUCCAUUACUCAGAUUCGGCCCACCCGGCCAGGAACUACAUCAAGCAGGGAAACCAGGGAAAUGGAGUCGAAAGAGCGACGUGAAUUGCGGAAGGCCAGAGCAGCGGCUCCUAAGCCCCGCUCAACGACUGGCUCGACUGUAGGCAGGGUUGUUAGUGGCAACAGGAAACCGCAGGUCGAUACUUCCGAGCCCUCAAAGCCGCAGAGCAGGCCGACAAGCAUGAUCGAUACAGCUGUUGCGCCGCCGCUGAAGAUGGCCGCUCCGCCCAUAGACACUUCUCGCGAUAAGGAGCGGGAACGGGACGCCUUGACCUGGCUGCUUGAUCUCCUCCUCAAGAUAGGUUCUGGCUACCGCCAUCUCAGUCGCUAUGACGCAACAAAGGCACUGGAAGCAUUUGGAGUCGUGCCCAAACCACAACGGGAGACGCCUUGGGUCCUGGCGCAGAUCGGCAAGGCCCACUACGAGCGAACUCAUUACGCAGAAGCAGCCAGCACGUUUCGAAAGAUCCGAGAAAUGGUUCCAGCCUCUUCAGAGCACAUGGAAGUAUAUUCCAACACGCUCUGGCAGCUCAGGGACGAGGUGGCCCUGGGUCAUCUUGCGCACACGCUGAUGGACCAAGACCGCCUUUCUCCACAGGCUUGGUGUGCACUGGGCAACGCGAGUUCCAUAAACGGGCAACAUGAUGAGGCUGUCAAGUGCUUCUCUCGAGCUACCCAACUAGAUCCAAAGUUUGCCUAUGCUUUCACCCUUCAAGGUCAUGAGCAUGUUGCGAAUGAAGAGUUUGACAAGGCAAUGGCGGCCUAUCGAAACGCAAUCAGCGCGGACAACAGGCACUACAACGGCUGGUAUGGUCUUGGAAAUGUUUACGAGCGUCUGGGCAAGUAUGAGGUGGCUGAGAAGCACUAUCGGGCGGCAGCGGAGAUCAAUCAGAACAACGCCAUGCUGCUUGUUCGAGUAGGAUUGGUUCUGGAUCGCAUGAAGAAGACCGAGCCCGCGCUGUUGCAGUUCGAAAACGCAAUCAAGAUUGAGCCGCGUUCCGUCAUGGCACGUUUCCGCAAAUCCCAGGUUCUACUCAAGUUGAACGCGCCACAAGAGGCUCUACACGAGCUCCUUUAUCUUAAAGAUGCUGCACCAGACGACCCGAACAUCCACUUCCUGCUUGGUAGGUGUUACAAGAAACUGCGAGACCGUGCGAGCGCGAUCCGACACCUUACGAUUGCCAUGAACUUGGACCCGAAGAGUCACGGAGUCAUCAAAGAGGUCAUGGAGAGUAUCGAUCAGGAAGAUGAUGGCGGUUGGAGUAGUGAGGAUGAAAACUAA